AUGAAUCAUAGAAUAGAGUAUGUUGGGUUUAAAUAAUUCUUUAUGGUUUUCUUUCCAUUAAUUUUUAUUCUCAAGUCAAGCAGUAGUAUAUGAUUCUGAAUUAAUGAAAAAUAUGAGGUUGGCAUCAAGAAAUAACCCUGUAACACCGUCAGAAAUGCCUACUAUGUAUAUCAAUAAUCCUCGAAUAAUGAAAAUAGUGAAUGAUUCAUAUGGUAAUAUGAAUAGGAAAUUCAAUCCAGGUCAGGUACAAUCAUCAAGUAACUUUCCACAACCUUUUGAAAAUUGCCAUUAUAUGCUUGCGGGAAAUACAUUUGUUCCAGUGGCAAUGGAUACAUUAUUAACAGAGCCUCAAGUCCAGAAAAAAUUCAGUAGUUCUUUCUCUACUCAUCAAAAGAAUGCAACGCAAAGUAUGGUGUCAAGUACAAAUAAUAAAAAAAACAGGGUGUCAUUAAUGAAGCUGCCAGUUCCUAAUCAAAGUAGAACUCAAGCAAAUUCAACUCAAAUAUCUGAUAAACCAAAUCAUAUUCCUUUGACUUCUACAAAUAAUAAUGAGUUGAAUAAAUCAAUGAACAAUAAUGAGGACAAUAAGAGUAAAAAUUAUCAAGUAAAGACAAUUUUUUGCACGGGAACAAUUGAAAGGAUUCUUAGGUGGAAUAGAAUCCUAGAGGAUGUUUUUUGUAUGUAUGAAACUAUUGCUCCCAUUGUAUCAUUGCAAGAAGGAAGAAUAAAAAAUCAAAAAAUUAUGCUUCUUAGGGACAAAAAGGGUCCUAUUCUACAAGUUCACUACUACAACAGCACACACAUUGAUAUCGAUGAUUUUUGUAUAGGACAGUAUUUGAGGUGUGUGGGGCGUAUGAUUGGUUUCAACAUUCUUUCAGCUGAAAGUAUAAGACAAGCGAAGGAAAGUGAAAUGUCUACAUUAGCUCGUCUUUCUUACGUUUGCGACUAUUCCAUCACACACAAUUUGAAUACUGUUUAAAAAUCUAUUUUGUAUUGCUCUAAAAAAGUUUCUAUUUGUUCAUGUUUCUUAAUGCAUAAAUAAAUUUUCCAUUUAUAAUUCUUUCGGAGAUGUAAUUUUGAAUGAUUUUCUUGUAAUAAAAUGCUGCCAAGCUGUAAUUAACCAUUUA